AUGACUAAAAAUUGCGCAGAAUUUAAAGCAAAUAUUUUUUCAAAAAAUAGAUGUCAAAGUUGUUUUCAAACUAAAGAACAACAUAGUAAUGAUGCUUUAGAAAAAGCAAAGAUGAGUAGAAAGAUAACAGCAUGUGGUUUUUUGUAUGUAGCACCAUUAAUACUAGAUUUUUCUGUUCCAGCACAUUCACAAAAACGCUGGCAACGCCGUUAUUUUACAUUAUUUGAUGAUGGUGAAUUAUCAUAUGCAUUAGAUAAUAAUCCAGAAACAAUACCACAAGUUAUUAUGGAUAUGAAUAGAUGUAUACGUGUUUGUGAGGCAGAUCCAAUUACAAAAAAUUCUCAUUCAAUAUUAAUUGCAUUUAAAAAAGAUAGUAAUUUUAAUAUAAAUAAUGAUGAAAAAAUAGGAAAAAAAAAUAUUAAUGAUAUUAAAUCACAUCCAGCUGUAUGUUAUGUUAAAGCUGAUAGUACUGAAGAAAUUCGAUGGUGGCAAGGGAUGUUACAAAAAUAUGCCAAACAAAAUAUGAUUUAUUGUAUGACAAUACCACGAAAAGAAGAGAUAGAAGAGGAUGAAGAAAUUAUUAGUGAUGAUUUAUUGAAUGAGACAACAUAUGAACCAACAAUAAUUCAGAUAAAUGCAAAUGAUUCAUUAUCUGAAAUUAAUAGUUCCUGUACAUCUAGAUCAACUUCACCUGAUCGUAAAAGUGAAAAUACUAUUACAUCACCAGUAUUAAAAAAUAAAAUUUCACAUUAUAAUUUGGAGAAAUCUUUAAGUACCUCAACUGAAAGAUUUUUAAAUAAUUGUGAUAAUUUUUCUAUAACAUCCCGUGAAAGUAAUAUAAAUUCACGACAAAGUGACAAUACAAAUUCUAUUCAUGGUACACCAAGAACAGUAAAACAAAGAAAACGAUUAACAAGUUUUAGGGAUGAUAUGACAUUAACUAGAAAUAAUAAGAAUAUUCACAAUGAAAAUUGUGAAAAAGAUAAUAAUAAUUAUAGUAAUUUUCCAAUAUGUAAUAAUGAAGAGAAAAAAAAUGAACCAAAAAUUCCACUUAAUACACCAUUUCAUAUUGAUACAUCAAAUGCUCAUACAUUACGUAAAGGAUGGUUAAUGAUGAAAGGUAAAAAUGAUAAUGAAUGGAAAAAAUAUUGGGUUGUAUUAGCUGGUUUAUCAUUAAAAUUGUAUAGUGAUGUAUGGGGUGAAGAUACAACUCAUCCAGAGGUAACAAUAGAUUUAACUGAUUGUGAAAAUGUUUACCCAUCAGCAUCUGCCAAAUAUUAUGGUAUUGAAUUAAAAUGCCGCCGUUCUAGGUAUAUUUUAUCAGCAAUAACACCAGGAAUUCGUGAUAGUUGGAUUGCUGCAUUACAACAAAAUCUUCAUAAUCCAUCACCAACAUAUAUAGAACCAUCAUGUCAGUCAGGGGAUGGAUUAUCACAGUGUGAUUCAGCAAGUGUAUUAUCACGAAAAAAGAAACACAUUGCAUAUGUAGCCCCAGAAAGUCAUCAUAGCAAUAGUAUUAUGGGUGAUGACUCAAUGAGUGAAGAUGAAAAUAUUGAAGUAAAUCGUAGUUCACGCUUAAGAAUACAAAACAAUGAUAUUGAUAGUACAAAUUUUUCAAGAAAAAAUUAUAAUGAUUCAACAAAUAUUCUAAAAAAAACUCAACCAUAUCAAAAAAAAGAAAGAACUUUAAGUAGUCAAACUUCUGUGGAUAGUUUGUCAAAUAGAGGAAAAAAAAAUUUUCAUAAUGAUCAAACAACUUAUAGUUGGAAAUCAUCAUAUUCUGAUGAUAAAAAAAAAACUUUUUAUAAUAAUAAUAAUAUAGGAGAAAAAUUAAUAAAAAAUCAAGAUAAUAGAAUUGUUAGUUUAGAAAAUCAGAUUAAAAUGCUUAGAGAACAAUUAAGAGAUGCUAAAGAUGCAUUAAAUAGUACACAGUUAGAAAAUGAAAAAUUAAGAGAAUUAUUUGCCAAUAAUAAUGCUGCAUCACAAUUAAGCCAUUUAAGAAAAUGCCUUUCAGUAGCUGAAGAUGAUAUUAUAAAAAAACAAGAAGAAAUGGAAUUAUUAAAACAAGAAUUGGGAAGUUAUGAAAAUAAUCCUAAUGAAAUUUCAAAUGGAACACGUAAAAGGAUGAUAAAUUUAAUUGAGAUUCAAACAAAAUCAUUAGAAAAUAUUAUUUCAUCAAAUAGAGGAUUACAAUGGUAUGAUUUAAAAGUGUUUAUGGAGGCAAUUACCAGUACAACUAACAAUUUAACAAUAGAUGAUGAAAAAAUUGAUGAGAAAAUUGAGACAUUAUUUGAAAAUCUUAUUCAUGCAUAUGGAAUGUUUUCAGAGAUAAUUGAAUCUAAAAAUUUACCAUACAAUGAAUUAAAAGAUAAAUCUACAAUGACUGAUGAUUAUAAACAGGUAACAUUUGACCAAGAAUCAAUUGAAGCUGAUCUUCAAGCAGAGAUAAAAGAAUUAGAAGGUGAACUUGAAGAUAUUCAGAUGAUACAUGAUGAAGAAUUAUCUGCCAUUUCCAAAGAAUAUGAUUUAAAAAUUUGUUCAUUAAAGGAAAGAUUAAAUGAGGAAGAUUCUACAAAACGAAGACUUCAAGAGGAGUUACAAACUUUAUUAAAAUCAAAUGAACAACAUAUUAAUGCAAUAAAAGCAACUUAUGAAGAUAAACUUAAUAAAUUGACAACUGAAUUUGAAAAUGAAAUGAAUAAAAUAAAGAAGGCUCAUGAAGAUGAUUUAGAGGAAGAAAAAGAAGCAACAAAAGUUGCAUUAGAAGUUUUUCAAAGAACACAUGAUGAGGAAGUAAAAAUGUUAAACAUGAAAUUAGAAAAAGCACUUAAUGCUCAUAAAGAAAUAGAAAAAAUGAAUAAUAAGACUGAUUCAUCAAAUGAGGCAUUGAUAGAUCAGAUGACAGAGGAAUUAAAAAAUUUAUCUCAAUUGUACUCUGCAAAAUGUCAUGAAAAUUCUCAGUUAGAUGAAAAAAUUAAAUCAUAUCUUAAAGAAAGAGAAAAUAAUAAUAUUGAGGAUGUUGAAAAUUUAAAUAAAAAAUUACAACGUGAUAUUGUUUAUAAAGAUACAACUAUUGAAAAUUUAAAAAUGAAAAUAAAUGUUUUUGAAAAAAAAUUAAUUCAAUUGGGAGAAAAUCCAAAUUUGUUGAUAGAUAAUCAAGAUUUUACUGAUGCUUCAACAAGAAAAUGUAAACAAUUGAUUUUAACACACUUUCCUCUUCAAGCUUACCCAAAUCAAACUCGAUAUCGACCACUUCAUCAUCGUACAACUUUUAGAAGAAAUGAUGUUCGUUAUCAUUCUAAUCCAGCAAUUAUACCAUCAAUUGUUAAUAAUACUUUAACGAAGAAUAUAAUUCCAGAAGUUGUAUUACCUCAAAAAGUAUCGUCACUUGUAGAUAAUUCAAUGCCUUCAAAUAAUAUGGUAACUUCACAACUACAAAUACCAAAUGACAAACAACAAACUUAUUCUGAGACACCAUCAACAAAUAAUAAAGAUCCAAAAAAAUGUAAUAUGUCAGUGUCAGAAAGAAGAAAAUUUUUUGAAUGUGUAGCAGAAUACACAACACCAUUUUAA